ACAAGAAGAAGAAGAAGAAGAAUUCAGAAAAUGGAGAGGAAGAAAGGCAUGAAGAACAUCUUCAAGAAGCUUCACAUAGGCAGCAAUCAUGAUCCCAAUCGAUCAUCAAACGAUUCAUCAUCAUCGUCGUCGUCUUCGUCUUCGUCUUCAUCGUCUUUCGCCACCGCCGACCAGCGUACACCUUCAACUUUCACUGGACAAACCACUGCUCAGUCUCCAUCUACUGCUGCAACUCCUCCUUCAUCGUCUCCGACCGUCAAUGUAACGACGCGUCCACAACAAGAUUACUACUCGUCAGAAGAGGAGUACCAGGUCCAGCUAGCCCUAGCUUUAAGCGUGUCAAAUUCGGAGUCUCGGGGUGAUUCUGAUAGUGAUCAGAUCCGUGCUGCGAAGCUGUUGAGUUUAGGGAAUCACUCUAGCAAUAAUCAUGUCCCCGAUAGAGGUGAUGCAGCAGCUGAUAAGUUGUCUCGGCAGUACUGGGAUUAUGGUCUCCUUGAUUAUGAGGAGAAAGUAGUAGAUGGCUUCUAUGAUGUAUAUGGGCUUUCCACAGAAAUGGUAGCCCAAGGGAAAAUGCCUUCUCUGUCAGAUCUUGAAACAGACACUGGGAGUUCCGGUUUUGAAGUUAUUGUAGUUAACAGAGCAAUUGAUCCUGCCCUAGAAGAGCUGUUGCAAGUAGCCCACUGUAUUGCAUUGGACUGCCCUCCUGCCGAGGUCAAUCUUUUAGUGCAGAGGCUUGCUGAACUUGUGACAGAACACAUGGGUGGACCAGUGCGGGAUGCUAAUAUCAUCUUGGCAAGAUGGAUAGAAAGAAGCACAGAGUUGAGGACGUCACUCCAUACUAGUGUAUACCCUGUUGGAUCCUUACGAGUUGGGUUGUUACGUCAUCGUGCUUUGCUUUUCAAGGUAUUGGCUGAAAGCGUUGGAAUAACAUGCAGGCUUGUCAAGGGUAGUCACUAUACUGGUGUUGAGGAUGAUGCAGUCAACAUCAUCAAGUUGGACAAUGGAAGCGAAUUUCUGGUCGAUCUGAUGGCAUCCCCUGGAACACUUAUACCUGCGGAUAUAUUCAGUGCAAAGGAUUCUUCCUUGAAGUCAUACAUGCCAAAAUCCAGCAAACUUCCAGGUGUCCAGUCAACUAAUGAUUUUGGACUUCCUUUGCGACCUGUUUCAAGCAAUAUUGGUCAGAACAUUGAAGUGCAAGAUGGUGUUGGUUCAGGUAGCAUGUCUGGUUCCGAAAGGAAAGAACCUUCAAAUUCAGUGGCAAGCCCGAGUGACACUGGUAUUAUUUCGUCUCCAGCAGGAAAACGAGCAUCCCCUUCUAGUCAAUUGGAUCAUAUUCCCUCGUCCGCAAUUGGCAGUUCUCUGUAUAAAGGGGGUCGUGGGCCGAAUGCAGCUGGUGGUGGCUUAAGGAUGAAUGUUAAUAUAGUCCCAUAUACACAGAAUAGUGCAGAGGACAAUAAAAAUCUUUUCACUGAGCUCAACCCAUUCCAGAUUAAAGGAUCCGGGAAGGCUUCGAUGCAGACCAGUAAUAUGGAAAAUAAAAAUGAGGAGCUUCGUAGGGCAAAAAGUAACCAAGUGUCUGGUCGACCUCCUGUUCCACUAAUGUGGAAAAACCGCCCUGCUAUUAAUGAGGUCCCCAGGAAAAAGGAGCAUGAUUAUAUAGAGGGCAUCUCAUUGAAAAACCAUCGUGAAACUAAUGAUUCUACCAUGCCAGCUUCCACCAGCUCAGCUGCACCAGGAAGAAUACAUUCUGAUGGUUUGAAGUUGCGUGUUAAUUUUAAUGUGACUCCAAAAGAAAAUAAUGAGAGUACUUCAAAUGCAGCUGAAUCCGAAGCUGCGUGGGCUGAGUGGAAAAACUAUAGAUUGUCUUUGGAGGUGGUAGGUAACAAUAGCAAUGCUUUCCCUCGGAAUAACAGGUUGGACCAGGGAAAAAUGCAUGAAAAUAAUGCGGUCGGUGGGAAAGAUGUUAGAAAAACUUCAAAUGAUCGAGUCAAUCUUAACAAUCCAAAGCUGAUGGGACCAGAAAGCUCAUCCUCGUCAGUUGAUUCUUUUCCACCUCAGAUUGAUCCUGUAAUAGACGAUGUUGGAGAUUGUGAAAUUCCAUGGGAAGAUCUGGUAAUUGGUGAAAGAAUUGGACUAGGUUCAUAUGGUGAGGUUUAUAAUGCUGAUUGGAAUGGCACUGAGGUGGCAGUGAAGAAGUUCCUUGAUCAGGAUUUUUCAGGUGCUGCUUUAGCAGAGUUCAAGAGAGAAGUGCGCAUUAUGCAGAGAUUGCGCCAUCCGAAUGUUGUGCUUUUUAUGGGUGCUGUCACUCGUCCCCCAAACCUUUCAAUUAUCACAGAAUUUCUCCCAAGAGGAAGCUUAUACAGGAUAAUUCAUCGUCCACAGUGCCAAAUUGAUGAAAAGCGUAGAAUCAAAAUGGCUCUUGAUGUGGCAAAGGGGAUGAAUUGUUUGCAUACAAGCAUUCCCACAAUAGUUCACCGGGACUUGAAAUCUCCAAAUUUGUUGGUUGAUGAAGAUUGGAAUGUCAAGGUAUGCGAUUUUGGGUUGUCACGCUUGAAGCACAACACUUUCUUAUCAUCCAAGUCAACAGCAGGAACGCCCGAGUGGAUGGCACCUGAAGUUCUGCGGAAUGAAAAUUCGAAUGAGAAGUGUGAUGUAUAUAGCUUUGGUGUUAUACUGUGGGAGCUUGCAACUCUAAGACUGCCUUGGAGUGGGAUGAACCCGAUGCAGGUCGUGGGUGCUGUCGGCUUCCAAAAUCGUCGCCUCGACAUCCCCAAGGAUGUCGAUCCGUUGGUCGGAAGAAUAAUCUGGGAGUGCUGGCAGACAGAUCCAAAUCUAAGGCCUUCAUUUGCGCAACUCACCGUAGCUCUAAAGCCAUUGCAGCGACUAGCAGCUGUAUCUUCACAAAUUGACGAGCAGCAGGAGAUUUGAGCAAGUUUUUGACCCCAUGUUUCCUCUCGUAUAAAAGCAAAGUUUAUGAAAUGAGUAUAUAAUAGGAAAAAGGGGAUGAAACAAUAAUCUGUAUACCAAUAGAUUGUGCAUAGUUUUGGGUGUAUGUAAAUACGAUUCAUAAAGAUUUGACGACGUUUUCUUUGUGUUUGAUGUUCGAAAAUGGAAGCGAAGAAAGUUCAGUUUUUUCACCUAA